GAAGCACAAUAGAAGGAGAGAAGAAGGCGGAAGUAAGUCUGUGUUAUUUGUACCACUUUUAUGAGCUCUAACUUUGAAUUUCAACCAAAUAUUCGCUCUCGGAUAGCGUGGACUGACGUAAGAAUAACAAAAAUGGACCGCAACUCGGCAUUUUCAGGCCCACUAUAGCGCAGCCACUUGGACCAGAUGACAUCCAUCCAGUCGGUGAGACUGCCACAGACGGAGCUCCUUGUCUGCUGGCUCUUGUCCUUUGGCUCCCACUUGUACUCUUUUUAUCAACUUCACAGGUUCUCAAAAGAGCAUGAAGCAGGAUUGGAUAGAGAAUUUCAACUGGAAAGAGGCCUCUUUAAGGGGUUCAAAAGGGAUGUGUCAGACUUUGAGUGGACCUUUUGGACCGAGUGGGCUAAGAAGUCCUUGCUUUGGACUCUGAUCGGACAUGCUGUCAUAUCUCGAUUGUGCAUCAUCUUUUACCCACAGUUUCGUGUUGCAGUGCUCACAGUUUACGGCCUCUCUGCUGCCUCCAGUGUGUUGGGACUCAGAGGUGUGGCCAUGUUACUUCUCCACGUGGCUUUGUCUUUUUCUGUGGCUCAGCUCAAAAGGCCCAUUUUGUGUUGGACCUGCAACCUUCUGCUCCUCUGCACUCUUCAUGUGCGACCACUUCAGGACAUUCAGAGAGGCUGGUACGAGCACGAGGAGGAAUACUACCUGCUGCUCUUCAGCGUUGCCGUGGGCACUCUUCGGCUCAUCAGCUUCAGUUUGGAGCACUGCGGGCGCCCGUCGAUCCAUGGCGCCGCCCUCCCGCAGCUGUGCUGGCUGUUGUCCUACACGUUCUACCAUCCCUUCUUCUACAAUGGACCCAUCAUCACGUAUAAUGACUACCUAGAGCAGAUGCAGAAACCCGUAGAGGAGAGCGACCGGCACAAACCAGGUGCUUGUUACUUGUUGCUUCGUUCGGCACGGAUCCUGAUGUGGUGGUGCAUCGCCGAGUAUAUGAUUCACACCAUGUACAUGCAUGCCAUCCAAUCCAAUGAGACCUAUCUGGAGAUUCUGCCACCCUGGGCUUUAGGUGGUCUGGCUCUGGCCCUGGUGCAGUUCUUCUUCGUCAAGUAUUUGGUCCUCUUUGGACUUCCGUCCAUGUUGGCCACGUUGGACCAGUUGGUUCCUCCUGGUCUACCUCGUUGCGUCAGCAUCAUGUACAGUUUCACCGGCAUGUGGCGGCAUUUUGACAAGGGCCUGUAUCGAUGGCUCCUCAGAUACAUCUACGUGCCUCUGGGAGGUUCACAUCACGGAGUGAUGUACAAAAUGUUAUCCACGGCGCUGGCGUUCGGCUUCGUCUGCCUUUGGCACGGCGGCCAUGACUACCUUCAGUGCUGGGCCCUGAUGAAUUGGCUGGGCGUUCUGGUGGAAACCAGCCUGAAGGCUCUCUUUGGCUCAGCUCUCCUUCACUCCUUUUUGGAGCGGCGGUCCUCUGCGGCAACGAGGAGGCGUUGCGCCGCGUUGCUUUCAGCCUUCUCCACGGCCAUGCUCAUCCUCUCUAAUCUGUUCUUCCUCGGGGGGGUUCACGUCGGCAGGAUCUUCUGGAAGCGCGUCUUCCUUCAAGGCUGGUCCACGGUCGCGCCGCCCAUGCUGGCCUUCCUCUAUUGCUUCGCCCAGGUGGGAUUGGAGUGGGCUUCUCACCCACCGUGAGUCACCUUGACUUUGCAACGCAGCACAAAAGAACAAAACUCACCCUGCGCCAGAACCACGCUCGGAACCUGGCACGCCGCCAUGCAACCCGACUGAAACGGCGCGGCGGCUGAAGUCAAGCGGUAAGCAGAGAUUAGGAUUUUGGGUGGCAAUAUUAUGGGAUGGCUUACUUGGUUUUCACAUAAAGUCACGUGAUUUGAAAAUGAUCAUGUCGCCACUGUGAAAUGAAUAUAUCUCCAAAUUGUUUUCAUUUUCAUCUUCAUGCAAGCCAUGAAGAAAAAAAUUGAAAUUCAAGCCUAUAAAGUUUAGAGAAACAAUUUGUGUCAUGCCCUGAAAUGCCACAAGAUGGCUCCGAAACCCUGUCCAAAUAGGAAGGUAGUAAUUGGUGUCACGCAUGUACACUUAAAUGAUAUCACGCCAAGUUUAAUCUAGACAAUUAGCAAAAGUUAUGAGUCAUUUCUGGAUAUGCACGUUUUUGAUCUGCUCAGUAGCAAAUCAUCUACUAAUGAAUUUGAAACGAUAAAGUGUUUGACGACCCAACUAUCAUUAUAGGCAAGCAUUGACGUCAAUUGCCGCAUUUUUUACUCAAUGUGUAUCCUCAACGAAUCACUAAAAACGGAAUGUGACUCAGUAAAAACGGAAAAAAAGCUUCUGCUCACUGGUGACGGCAGCAUUGGCUUCACGAGUGUCGUUACUGGCCCUCCACAUGUAAUUUGGCUGAUGCUAAUAUCCCGAGAUGUAUUACUGAAGAGUUUCAGCCGGUCAGCCGCCGGUCAGCCGCCGGGCAGCCGCCGGGCGCUUUUAAUGGACGGCAUUUAUCCUCUGGAAUGCGCACACUAAUUGCUUUGGGAGGGUAGUUGAGUCAAGCAAAACAUUUCUAGCCAAAAUCACACUCAACGUCAGCCAUUUAGUUGUAGUCAUGUUUGUCAGUGUCCAAAUAAUCGACCUCUAAGAUUGGAAGCUACGGAUGUCGCACACAAUCAUCAAUAGCCACUGUAUGGUUAGCUCAGAAUAAAACAGCGUUUUCGAGCAUGUCA